AUGGCGGUAACCGACCAAGGCCCCCGACCUGCCCGCCUUCUAUAUGUCAGGGAUCGAAUCGGGAACCACCGUUGCCUUGUGGACACUGGUGCACAAGUCAGCGUUAUACCCGGAAAACCUUCCGACAAGAAAGUUCGUCCGGGUCUCACGCCAGCACUCCAAGCUGCGAACGGGUCCACCAUAAACACAUACGGUCUACGUUCCCUCACUCUCGAUAUCGGCAUACGCAGGACGUUCAGGUGGCCCUUCGUGGUUGCCGACGUGGAGCACCCGAUUCUUGGGGCAGAUUUCUUACAUUUCCACAAUCUUGACGUCAGCAUAAGGCAGUGCCGCCUGCGGGACAAUAUCACGAACCUCGUUACCGUCGCUUCCGUCUCUAGAGCACAGUCUGCUAGUAUUUGCACAUUUAUACCAACUUCACGAUACGAGAAGAUCUUUGCGUCAUUCCCGGAACUCUUGAAGCCAUGCAACCUUCCCGCACCAGUGAAACACAAUGUCAGUCACCGCGUCGAGACAACAGGUCCACCGGUCACGGGACGCUUCCGACGUCUUUCCGGCGAACGCCUGGCCAUAGCUCGUCGUGAAUUUGAGCACAUGCUGGCCCUGGGAAUUAUACGACCGUCCGCCAGUAAUUGGGCUUCGUCACUACAUAUGGUUCCCAAGAAGGAGGGAGGCCAAUGA